AUGGAAAGCAAUUUUAGUAAAAAAACUGUUUUAAUAAAUGAUGAUCAAAAUGAAAAUAAUGAAAUAAACUCGAAUGGAAUAAAUAGUGAUAUUCUAUAUAAUUUGGAAAAUAAUUAUGCAUCUCAUAAUAAUAGUAAUAUCAUAAACUAUGGAAUAGAUAUAUUCAAUAAAAAGGAAUAUAACAAUAAUAUAAAAAGAGAUAUAUACAACAAUAGUUUGAAUGAAAACAUUAUUGGUAAUGUAGAUAAUGAAGUCUAUCAUACUGAAGCAAAUGAACAAAUAAUUAAUAGUCCAGAUAAUUUAAUGUUGUCAAAAAGUGUGCAUAUAUUCCACAGUGUUAAAAUAUUAAUUCCUAAUUUAAAAAAAGGAAAAAAUAAUGAAAAGGAGACAUGUCAAAAUAGAAACGAAACUCAAAACGAUGAGGAAACGAAACAAGAAAAUUCAGACAGGGUUGUUUCGAAAAAUAAUGCCCAAAAAAUUAGCAUUUUAAAUAAUGCAUAUAAAAACUUUAAAAUAUACGAAAACGAAAUUAACCAGAUUGAAGAAAAAAAAAUAAAUGACGAAGAUAAGAUACAUUUUGUUCCUAACAAUUUAGUUAAACAAAUUGAUAUAAUUAAAAUAAAUAAAGAUAUGUCUGAAUUUUAUAAUGAUAUAUUAGAGGGUAUAAACAAUUUUAAUCUUUUUAAAAUUAGAAAAUCUUAUCAUUGUAUAAAAAAUAUAUUUUUAAAGAAAUAUUAUAAUGACAAAAUGAUAAAAACAUUUAUGGAAAAUAUAUUGGUUAGUGAAAUUUUAUAUAGGUAUAAAAUAAUUAAAAAAAUAGAAAUACUAUUUAACACUACUGUAGAAGACCAACAAGAAUAUAUAUUAAAUUAUUCUGUAAUAUCAAAAAAAAAAUAUCAAAAUUUUAUAUUGGAUUAUAUGAUCGAUUUGCUUGAUGUAAAUGGAAAAAUAUGUCCUCUGAAAUUGGCACUUCAUGCAAAUGAUAACCGCGAUAGUUACAGCUAUAGCACAGAUAAUGAAAACAAGAACGACAAAUUACGUAGCAUUUUUAAUGCAAACAAUCAGGGGCCAAUUCUUGAGGAAGAUAAUUUUAAAGAUACUAAGAAUUAUGAAAACACAACCUUGAUAUACGAACAAUUACUAUGUGAAAAUAGUAAAAAAAAAGAAAUGGCAGAAAUCGAACAAAAUAAGCAUAGGCUAGAAAAAGAGGAUAAAAAAAAACAUGCAUCAAAUAAACAUAUAAAAAACAGUUACAUAGAUUUUGAUAAUUUCCAAUUAGCUUAUGAGGAUAUAAAUAAUAACAUUUACUAUUUUGUAACACAAAACGAAUUUAAUGAUAUCGAUAAAAAAGAAAAUAGUUUAAAAAAAUAUAAUAAUAACCACCCCAAUAGUUCAAUUACAAGAAACGAAAAUAAGCAAGGACAUAUAAAUACGGUUAUAUAUUUUUAUUUGAAUUUAACAAUACCUUCUAAUUUCUUAUAUGUUGUUGCAACAGUAACAGAAAGCGAAGUAUUUAAAAUGUGGUUUCCAUUUUAUUCAUUCCCAUUUAAGUUUGGUGUUAGCGAAUGCAAAAUAAUAAAGAAAAGAGGAUUUGGUGAUAAAAUUAUUUAUACAAGAAUAGCAAUGCCCUGGAUUAUUAGUGAUAGAUAUUUACUAUUUGAUACAUGGAUAUGCGAAGACUUUGAAUUUUCAAAAGGAAUAUAUAUAUAUACUUCUAGCGUCACAAAUAAUUCAGGAAAUAUUAACCUUGGAGACGAUAUUAGCAAAUGCGAAGAAAUAAAUAUAACAAUGUAUGGAUUGAUAUUGCCAAAGAAUCAAGAGGAAACUAAUAUAAAAUAUUACAUCGAAAUAUGUCCAAAUAUGCAUGUCAAUGAAUAUCUCAUUUCCUUUUUAACAAAAGUUUUUGCAAAAAGAUGCUUAUCUCAGUUUAUCACGGCAUGUAAAAAUUUCGAAACUAAUAAAGAAUAUAAUGAUGAAAUGAAAAAAAAUAAUGCAUUUUAUGAUCAGUUAAGAAAAGUAGCAGAGGAGUGCAAAAUAUAUAAUUAA